GUCACAUCACUACUGCUAUAUUGCGGUUUUCCAUUUACCGCACACGUGCUGAGAUUUUGUGAUAUUUUUACUCAUUUAUUUUAUUUUGCAGCGUGCUCCAAAUACAUCUUGAAGCCUCUUCUGUUACAGACAUUUAUUAAUUAACAUAUAAUUGGGAUCAGACUUCAGCGGAGUAAAUUGAGUUGAUGGCAAUGGUCACGGAAGCGAAGGUCAACGGUGGUGAGUUGGAGUCGCCCGCGGAGCUCCCCCCAGCGCUCGCGGAGAAACCUGCAGGUCUGCCACCUGGCAAAUAUGCACUUGUUGGCUGGGAUAUGGAUACCACAGGCAGGAGGUUGAUAGAUGAGAUAUGUCAAAUAGCGGCUUACACGCCGAAGCAGACGUACUCGCAGUACAUAAUGCCGUACGGCGACCUGAACCCGGGCGCGCGCCGUCGUCACAACGUGCGCGUCGUCACCGUCGGCCGCUACCGCAUGCUCAAGGACACCAAUACUCAUAAGAUAUUGAAAACAAAAUCCGAGAUAUCAGCACUGUCAGAUUUCUUGGACUGGCUGGAGAAGGAAAAGGGUGAUGGCAGUGUAAUCCUUAUUUAUCACGAGCCUCGUCGCCUCAGCCCCACCAUGCUGCUAGAAGCUCUCACCAGGUACAAGCUGCUGGAGCGGUUCAAGUCGAUCGUGGCGGGGUUCACGGACAGCUACGCGCUGGCGGCGGAGCGCUGCCGCGCCACGGUGAAGUCGGUGUCGCUGCGCGUGCUGGCGCGCGUGCUGCUCGACGCCGACGCGCUCGCCGUCGACUGCGCGCUCGACCGCGCCGCCGCCGCCUACCGCAUCGUCGAGCACCUGGCGCAGGGUGAGCAGCAGGAGGUGGGCGCGGGCGGCGAGGCAGCCUGCAGCCGCGACCUGGUGGAGACAGCACGCGCGUGGGCGCGGCCCGUGCACACCGAGCUCGACGCGCUCGCCUCACUCAAGCGCCUGCUCGAGAGACAAAACACGUUCCGGCCGGUAUUUGCUCCGUUGUUACGGUCUGCGAGACCUGAGAGGAAGCGUGUAACGCAGCUGAGGCGCUUGUUAGCUGAUGCGGGCCUGCUUUACGACCAGCUCAAGGACGCUUGGCAGGAACAAAAACUAGAAGGAUUACAGAAACAAUUGGAGUCGUUGACAAUUAACGCGAAAGAAGAAGAUAUAAAAGAGUUGAUAGAAAUAUUUGACUGCCACUUUGAUCCUUCCAAAGAACCCAAGGGACCUAAACCAAGAGUACCUAGAAAUAGAACUAGAGCAACGUCGUCUGCGGGGGAGACGGGCGAGGCGGACGGCAGCACCAGCGAGUCGCAGAAUAGUUCACCACACAAUUCGCCUAAUAAGACUACCAACAAUGAUGUGGCAGCAGGGGAUCCUAGUCAAAAGGUGGUAGCGCCAGAGGUCGUGGCAGCCAACUAACGACUCGCGCGCUUCUUACCUUUACAAAACGAAAGCUUAGACUUUUUACCAUAUUACUAUCGUUUAGUAUUGUAACAGCCAUAGGGAUGUGACAGAUACAUUUAUUCGUAUUAUAUUUAGGUUAAGUCUCCUUUGGAAUUGAAAGAGAUUUAUUUUGCAUGCAUCGGUGAACGAGUCUACACAUUUUUUUUUUUUUUCAUUAAUUGCCUAUUAUUAUUUUUUAUUUUGCUUUACGCAUAAAGUUUUUCUAUAUACAUAGAUGAUAAUUGUAGUUGAGUGCCUUAGCAACUCAGUGUAAUAAGAUAUAUAAACCUUUUGUAUAUCCAUAUUUUUGUGUCUACAUAAUAAUGAUGGAACAACAUUUUGUUGUUUUUGCAAUGUGUCAUUCAUAAUAAAUUGUUUAUUGUUGUGCCGAAUAUGCACGGACGGGAUAGGAAGUUGCAAUUAUGUUGGUGCGUAUUGCACUGUGAUUGAUGCGGUGUUGAGAGAGGAGUUUUUAACUAUUUUAACAUCACAAUUUUAAUAUUAAAAAGAAGCGAUUUACAAUGUUUUUAGUUUUGGGGCUUCGAACAAGGAUAUAAAAAGUACAAUUGGUUUUAUUUAUUUAAUGUUACUUUUUAUUUAUUUUAAAUAUGUGCAAUCGCAUCGUAACGGAUGGACUGAUUUUUAGCAUCCGAUAUUUUAUUUAUACCUUUAUUUAUUAUUACCCUUAUCACUAUUGCAUAGUAAGUUUUUAGACUGUCUCAUUAAUUGCGCAUAAUAUUAAGAGCUAUUUACAUGCUAUAUUUUUGUUUGCCAUAGGGAUACUGUUAAUAAAUAUUUUCCUUUACAAUACAAUAAGCUGCAUAAUAAAACAAGUGUGUACCUAUUAACUUACCUCUAUUUUAGUUAGUUUUAACAUAGACUGUACAUAUAAUUUUAUUUCUUAUUUUGUUCAGAUCUCUAAUAAAUAUGUAAGUCUACAUAA